AUGAAUUAUAACUUCGGCGCCAACGUUCUCGACGAGGAGGUCGAUGGAAGAGGCGGCGGCGGAGGCGGGGAAGGAAGCUGCCCGGCACCAGCAUGGGCCAGGCCCUGCGACGGGUGCCGCGCGGUGCCCAGCGUGGUGUACUGCCGCGCCGACGACGCGUACCUGUGCGCGUCGUGCGACGCGCGGGUGCACGCCGCCAACCGCGUGGCGUCGCGCCACGAGCGCGUGCGCGUCUGCGAGGCCUGCGAGCGCGCGCCGGCCGUGCUGGCGUGCCGCGCCGACGCCGCCGCGCUCUGUGCCGUCUGCGACGCGCAGGUCCACUCCGCGAACCCGCUCGCGGGGAGGCACCAGCGCGUGCCCGUGCUGCCGCUCCCCGUCGCGGCCAUCCCGGCCGCUUCCGUGCUCGCCAAGGCAAUGGCCACCACCGUGGCCGUGGGUGACAAGGAAGAGGAGGUCGACUCGUGGCUGCUGCUCACCAACACCAAGGAUCCAGUUUCAGACAACAACAACUGCAAUUGCAGCAGCAGCAACAACAACAUCAGCAGCAACACCAGAACGUUCUACGCAGAUGUUGAUGAGUACUUUGAUCUCGUCGGCUACAAUUCCUACUGUGACAACCACUUCAACAUCAACCCAAAACAGUACGGGAUGCAAGAACAGCAGCAGCAGCAGCUGCUGCUGCAAAAGGAAUUUCAAGACAAGGAGGGAAGCGAGUACGUGGUGCCUUCACAGGUCGCGAUGGCCAAUGAGCAGCAGCAGCAGCAGCAGAGUGGCUAUGGAGUUAUUGGGGCAGAGCAGGCUGCAUCCAUGACUGCCGGGGUCAGUGCUUACACAGAUUCCAUCAGUAACAGCAUAUCCUUCUCAUCAUCAGUGGAGGUGGGUAUUGUACCAGACAACAUGGCAACGACAGACAUGCCAAACUCCGGCAUCCUGCUGACACCUGCUGGAGCCAUCAGCCUCUUCUCGUCAGGUCCUUCGCUUCAGAUGCCACUUCACUUGACCUCCAUGGACAGAGAGUCCAGGGUCCUCAGGUACAAGGAGAAGAAGAAGAGCAGAAAGUUUGAGAAGACCAUACGUUAUGCGACGAGGAAGACAUAUGCAGAAGCAAGGCCGAGGAUCAAGGGACGCUUCGCCAAAAGGUCUUCUGAUAUGGAAAUCGAAGUGGACCAGAUGUUCUCAACUGCAGCUCUGUUGUCUGAUUGUAGCUAUGGUACCGUUCCAUGGUUCUGA